UUAAAAAUGUGAUAUACUCCGACUUCUAAAAACUGUCCAAGUGCUUUCUAUUAAAACGUUUAUUGUUACGAUCGCGUUACGUCAUUAAUUAUGUCAUAUAUUGAGGCAUAAAUACGAUUAACGUAUUGAAAAGUUCACCAUUUUUGGGGGUAAAACAUAAAAAAUUAGAUUUUUAAAAUCAUGCAUUAGACGAAAUAUUUACUCUUAACUUGCGAUUUUACUAUGCUAACACUGCAACUAUACACGUUAUUAUAACUAUAUGCUAGUUCGUAAAUACAUAACAUACACGAUGAUACGCCUACCAUUUUCAAAAUGAAGUACUGCUUGUAUGUGCUUAAGGAGUACAAAUGAAUUCGGACUAAUAUUUAUUGAUUAAAUGUGAAUGCGAUAAAGAACCAUAUUCGCACAAUGCGAUUAGCAUUAGGAUGUACAGGAGGUAAAAUUAAAAGAUUUACAAAUGCUAGAAAUACUGUUAUAAACUAUAAAAAUGAACCUUUCCAUACUAACCCCGAUACUAUCCUGAAAUCAGCUGUUACAAGCAGACGAUAAGCAGGAUAUGGAAAUUAGUGAAACAGAUGUACAGAUAACAAAUCGUCCCAUUGACUUUAUUUCGGUAUAUGUCAAGGAAGAGAAUGAUGAAUGCGAAACAGACUUUAAUGAUGUUGAAAUUAUUGCUGCAGCACAGCAUUUUUGUUCUAUUGAAAUAAAAGAAAGCAAAUGUUACGAUAAAAAUUAUAAACGAGGAGAGUUUAAUAUAGAUAAUGAUAAUAACUGGGAAGAUAGGAAAAAUAUAGAAUCACCCAAUUCUAAUACAGAUGCUAUGCAAUCUAGCGAAGCUUGUAAUAUUGGUAGCAUUCUAACAGACUCUAUUUGUCUGGAUACAUUAGAUUCUGAUGCUACAAAUGAUCAAAUUAAAAAACAGAUUAACCAGCCUUCUGAAGUUUUUGAAUCUCAAUCGGAAGAUACAGAAACAAAUUAUAAUAUCUCGACCGUUGCUACGUCUAAUCAAUUUUUAGAAAGCUUGAGUCUAGAUAUAAAAAAAGAAAAUAAACAAUCAGCUCAUAAAUCUAAUUCCGAUGGAAUUUAUAUGACAGAAUGGUUAUGCGAUGUAAACAGUGAUGCAAAUCUACGAUUAAAAGUUUUAAAAAACGAUAAACAAGAAGUACAAAUUCCCACUGACAUCGAAGCUACAAUUACACCGAUAGCUAUUUGUAAGGAUCAAACAUUAGACCACAGUGGUAGUUUGACAAAAGAAGAAACUAAGAAAUACAAUACAAGUAAGAAAAGAACAAAAUUAAAGUCAUCGACAAUAAAUGAUUACGAAGAAAGAUUAAGGAAAAAAGCUGAAUGCAUGAGAGAAAAACGAAGAAAGUUAUAUGAAAAUGAAAGUGAGGAGCARAGAAUACAAAGACUUGCAAGAGAAGCUGCCAAAAGACGAGAAAUGAGAAUGUAUUACGAAACUCCAGAACAAAGAAGAAAACGGCUUGAUGCUGAGGCAGCAAGAAAAAGGCAAUAUAGAUUGUAUAACGAAACACCGGAUGAUAGAAGAAAACGAUUAGACAGAGAGGCAGAAAGAAGAAGAAUUAAGCGUCUCUCUUUAUAUGCCAGUGAAUCCCCAGAACAACGCAGAGAAAGGUUAAACAGAGAAUCAGCCAAAAGAAGAGAGGCUAGAUUAAAUCAAUAUGCAAAGGAAACGGAGGAAGAAAGGAAGGAAAGACUACGCAAAGAUGCUUUAAGAGCCCGAGAAAUAAGAUUCACAAGAUCUGCAGUAGAAACCGAAGAGGAGCGUAGACGAAGUUGGAACAGUAUUAUCACUGAUCUACCAAACUAGAAAUGACUGUACAAGACUUAUUAGUAAUAAUAUUUUAUAGAAUGUAAAUAUUAUAUAAUUUAAUAUGAAUUAUCAUUUUUUCAAUUUUCAAGCUUUGUUAAUUUAUGUAAAUAUAUUGAGCUUCCAAAUUAAACAUUAAAAUAUUUAUGAAUGUGUGUGUCAAAGAAUUUUAAAUGAAUAUGUGAAAAAGAUACUAUUGUUGUCUAUUGGCCUUCAUAAAAUUUUUAUUAAUUUCUAAAUGUUAUUGAUGAAUUGAACAAUAAAUUAUAUAAUUUUUAAUCUUAAGCGACACAUAUCAUGCAUCUAAAAAUAUGUUGAUUAAAAUAUAAAUUAGAUACUGCUUUGUAAUAAAUGUUUGUUAAAAUAUAUAUUGUAAAUAAUUAAAAACAAAUUAUUCUUGCCAGUGCCUUUUGUUCAAUAUUAUUUAUCCAGAUCAUUUGAUUAUUAUCAAUGCUUUAUCAUAUAUCUGCGUUAAUAUUAAUCUAUAAUUCUUCAAAAAGUUCGUCAAUGGUGUGCGGAUAUACAUAAACAUUAUGUACUUUUUACAAUCCAUUUAUAAUAAAUAAAAA